AUGGCUUCAACUUCCUCAGCCGCGCCCGAGUCCGCGCCCGCCGCUACGCCCACUCCGGCGGGCGAGUCGCCUGUGUCCAUUGUCGUCGUCGGCAUGGCUGGCUCUGGCAAGACGACCUUCAUGCGACGCAUCAACUCACACCUUCACGGAAAGAAAGAGCCUCCCUAUGUGAUCAACUUGGACCCCGCGGUUCUCAACGUCCCCUUCGAGAGCAACAUCGACAUCCGCGACUCGGUCAACUAUGAAGAGGUUAUGAAGCAGUACAACCUGGGGCCGAACGGUGGAAUCUUGACAUCCCUGAACCUAUUCGCGACGAAAGUCGACCAGAUUGUCAACCUCCUUGACAAGCGCGCGGCGCCCGACCCGGAGAACCCGGAUAAGAAGCCCAUCAAGAACAUUCUCGUGGAUACCCCCGGCCAGAUUGAGGUCUUCGUCUGGUCCGCCAGUGGUACCAUUCUCCUCGAGUCCCUCGCUUCCUCCUUCCCGACCGUUAUCGCCUACGUUAUCGACACACCGAGAACCACCUCCACGAGCACAUUCAUGAGCAACAUGCUGUACGCGUGCAGUAUCCUGUACAAGACCAAGCUGCCGAUGAUCUUGGUGUUCAACAAGACGGAUGUGCAGGACGCAUCAUUUGCCAAGGAGUGGAUGACCGACUUCGAGGCGUUCCAGGCGGCGCUCCAGCGGGACGAGAUGAGCGACGUGAUUGGCGGCUACGAGACGGCAGAGGGCGGCAGCGGCGGCACGGGAUACAUGGGCAGUCUCCUCAACUCGAUGAGUCUGAUGUUGGAGGAGUUCUAUUCCCACUUGAGCUUCGUGCCUGUCAGCUCCCGUCUGGGGACGGGUAUGGACGAGUUCUUCGAGGCCGUGCAGGAAAAGGCAGAAGAGUUCAAGCAGGACUACCUCCCGGAGCUGCAGCGCCGCCGAGCGGAGCGUGAGGAGCAGAAGCGCAAGACGCGCGAGCACGAGUUGGACAAGAUGAUGAAGGGCAUGUCGGUGGAUGCCGGCAAGAGGCCGCAGGUCGUCAAGCCCGUCGUCGACGACGACGACGGCAUCGAAGUCGCGAGCGACGUGGAUGACGAUGACAUGCCGGACGACGAGGACGACAGGGAAGGGCUGCAGGCUCGUUACGAGGCCGCCAUGGAGGCCGAGGGCGACUCGGUCGUGGCCGACGGCAGCUUUGCCAAGUACCUGCACACACGCCAGUAG